ACAGCCUGACUGUACAGAGAUGGUAAACCCAAGGCAAACCGGUAACACACCGACAGAGUCGAUGAGACGUCAACGGCCGCUGGCAAACUCGGACUAAAAGACAAAUUUUCAACUCGGCAGCGGAUAUUCAUCUAUAAACUUCAUAUCUGAGUGUAUGUCUUUUAAAUUAUAAGAGAUUGGCACUUUAGAAGACACCGCGAAUGGUUCGAGGCUCCUGACAAACUGUUUCGCGACGGCUGUUAAAAAUAUUUUUCUUCGGAGUCUUUUGGCUUGUCAGCUGGUAGCAAUUACGGAUCUACGGCAAACUGUAGGAGACACGGUUGGGAGUUCGUGCCUUUUGGUUGACUGACUUGGUACUGGCUGGGUGGACCUCCGACCAGAGCAGAACCUCCGAGCGGCCCGCUUCAACACCCGCGGUAGCAGCCGGGGUGUAGUUCGGUUUACGGAGGACAUUCAGCGGCUUUAAACAAACACCCUUCAGCCGGUAUCUGAUCCCCUGGAGCCGGCUAGAUUCCGGACAGAGACCUCAUGAAUGGAAAUCGGAACUACAGGAGCCGUUGGGGCUGCGCCCCUGUUCUCCGUACCUCGGAGGCCAGGCUAUGGCACCAUGGGGAAGCCCAUCAAGCUGCUGGCCAACUGCUUCCAGGUGGACAUCCCCAAAAUGGACGUCUACCUGUACGAGGUGGACAUCAAUCCCGAAAAGUGCCCACGUCGUGUUAACAGGGAGGUGGUGGAUACCAUGGUGCAGCACUUUAAGGUGACAAUCUUUGGGGACAGAAGACCAGUCUAUGAUGGCAAGAAAAGCCUCUACACCGCCCAACCGUUACCAGUGGCCACAGGGGGGGUGGACUUGGAUGUGACCUUGCCAGGUGAUGGUGGGAAGGACAGGCUGUUCAAGGUCACCAUUAAGUUUGUGUCACUGGUCAGUUGGCACUUGCUGCAUGAAGUCCUCACUGGGCGGAGCACACCUGAUCCUCUGAACCUGGAUAAGCCAAUCAGCACCAAUCCCGUACACGCUGUAGAUGUUGUUAUGCGCCAUCUGCCUUCUAUGAGGUACACUCCAGUGGGACGAUCUUUUUUCUCCUCCCCCGAGGGCUAUGAUCACCCACUGGGUGGGGGGAGGGAGGUGUGGUUUGGAUUCCACCAAUCAGUGCGACCAGCUAUGUGGAAGAUGAUGUUGAACAUUGAUGUGUCUGCUACUGCAUUCUACAAAGCUCAGCCUGUGAUUCAGUUCAUGUGUGAGGUUUUGGAUAUCCAUAACAUCGAUGAGCAGCCUCGACCUCUUACUGAUUCCCAUAGAGUCAAAUUCACCAAAGAAAUCAAAGGUCUAAAGGUGGAGGUCACCCACUGUGGCACCAUGCGGAGGAAGUACAGGGUGUGUAAUGUUACUCGUCGACCAGCAAGCCACCAGACGUUUCCUUUACAGUUGGAAAAUGGACAGACCGUGGAGAGAACAGUGGCACAAUACUUCAGAGAAAAGUACAACUUACAGCUCAAAUUUCCCCAUCUACCCUGCCUGCAAGUGGGGCAGGAGCAGAAACACACGUACCUGCCUUUGGAGGUGUGCAACAUUGUGGCAGGCCAGCGCUGCAUUAAAAAAUUAACAGACAACCAAACCUCCACCAUGAUCAAAGCCACAGCCCGCUCAGCACCGGACAGACAAGAGGAGAUCAGCAGAUUGGUGCGCAGUGCCAACUACAACUCGGACCCCUUCGUGCAGGAGUUCCAGUUCCGUGUGCGGGAUGAGAUGGCGGAGGUGACGGGUCGUGUCCUGCCCGCCCCUAUGCUGCAGUAUGGCGGCAGGAAUCGUACAGUGGCCACCCCAAGUCAUGGCGUGUGGGACAUGAGAGGCAAGCAGUUUCAUACUGGUGUGGAGAUUAAGAUGUGGGCCAUUGCUUGCUUUGCCACUCAGAGACAAUGCAGAGAGGAAGUUCUCAAGGGCUUUACAGACCAGCUGCGGAAGAUCUCUAAGGAUGCAGGGAUGCCCAUACAGGGCCAGCCAUGUUUCUGCAAAUACGCUCAGGGAGCAGAUAAUGUGGAGCCCAUGUUCCGCCACCUGAAAAACACCUAUGCUGGCCUCCAACUCAUCAUUGUCAUAUUGCCUGGGAAAACUCCUGUCUAUGUUAUGGAAACUGAUGUUUUUUCUGAAAACACUAACAGAAAUGUGCUGUACUACGAGUUGCUGGCCAUACGAGAAGCUUGUAUCAGCCUUGAGAAGGAAUAUCAACCGGGAAUUACCUACAUCGUCGUACAGAAACGUCACCACACUCGCCUCUUCUGCGCUGACCACACUGAGCGGGUGGGCCGCAGUGGUAACAUACCAGCAGGUACCACAGUGGACACUGAUAUCACCCAUCCUUAUGAAUUUGACUUUUAUCUGUGCAGCCAUGCUGGAAUACAGGGUACAAGCCGACCAUCACACUACCAUGUGCUAUGGGACGACAACUGCUUUACAGCCGAUGAAUUCCAGCUCUUGACCUACCAGCUAUGCCACACAUAUGUACGCUGUACCCGCUCCGUUUCCAUCCCUGCGCCUGCCUACUAUGCCCACCUAGUGGCCUUUAGAGCCCGCUACCAUUUAGUGGAUAAAGAGCACGACAGUGCGGAAGGCAGCCAUGUAUCAGGCCAGAGUAAUGGCCGAGACCCCCAGGCCCUGGCCAAAGCUGUGCAGAUCCAUCACGACACUCUGAGGACCAUGUACUUUGCUUAGCCGAGCCACCACAGACCUGUCAGUCUCUGGUCAUUGUGCACUUAGCGGAGGAGGGCUUCUCCCAAUCACAGGCUGCUAAAGAGAACCAAAUGUAGAACUUACGGGAGGAACUAGCACUGUUAUGCAAUAGAAAAACAGCCAAUCGUUACAGAAGCUUCACUUACUGAUUGUUUUUAAUAUGUAGAUUGCAGCUAUACCAUUAUUUAUUAGAUUCAUAGAUCUGUUUAACUAUUAAUUUUGCCUAUUUAGGUCACAAAACCAAGCUUAAAAAGGUUUGCUUGAUCAACUCGUUCUAGAUCAGCAAAUGAAAGACAGUGUUAUUUCUUUAAGACCGGAGUGAUGAGCCCUACUUGUCUGGAUUUCUCCUCCUACACAGUUUUGUUUCACAACUAAUCAUACACGCAUGAAGUUGGACAUCAGCAUCGUCAGGUUCAGUUGAAAAUGACAGACAGGUGUGUUCGAACAGAGUUUAAACUAAUCUUAUGAACCACUUUUGGUUUAGGAUUAGUAGUUUAUUAGGUUUGGUGAAGUCGGUCGUUGGAGGAAUGCCACUAGAGGGCAGUGCAAAGUUUGCUAUGACAUCUUACUGUAGGUCCUCCACUGUUCCUCUGGACAUUUGUUGCGCUAAUCUGAGACCAUUCUUGAUGUUUUACUAGUAACUUAAUAGAAAAUCAUGUUUUCCCAGCAAAAUGUAAUCUAGCAUCUGCAAAAAACAAGACAACUGAAAAGUCAUUCCAUUUUGUUCCAACCAGUCGGAAAUCCAUAUUUGUCUCUUUACAUCUCAUUUUCCAUGUGUCCAUGUCUUAUUCUGCUUUUUGGACAUUGGAGGCACCACUUUUCUUCCAAUUCCACAGUCUUUCAAAUGAUUCUUUAUACUUCUGUGAUAGAUUAACUUUCUAGUCCAUGCGCUGUCUGGAAAAUAUUGCACCUACCAUUGAACUAUUGGUUCCUUGCGGUUCCUGACGGCUUUCUCCUCUGCUCGCUCAUUAUGCAGAGGUGACAGAUUAGCUAAGAACUGCAGAAUCACCAAAAGAUGAACUUUGAAACUCAAGGGUUAGCAAAAAGUUUCCACAGUCAACGGUUAUGUAUGCGUGUUGAAUGCUCUGUGCGUCAUUCGGUUUGUGUGCGCUUACAACGCAAGCGUUCGAAUCAGUCGGAGCGUGACCAUAACAUUUGAUGGAUGUGUGUGCACAUAUAAUUCCACCCAAGGCUACUCAGACGCCUGCGUCAUCCAUUAAUAUUAACUUUACAGCUGUUAGACAUUUUAUUCUCAUUUAUGAUCUUUGAGCUUAUUUAUAAUGUUGCUUUUAACUUGCAUCGUCAAUAGCGCAUCUGUAAAUUAUCUAUUUAACUUAACAGUUUGUUAAUUUCGCGUUUUAGCCCUGUGAACUCUGACAGACACUGUCCCAUAAGCCUUUUAGUGCAAUAAGCCAAUUAUUCACGGCUCUGUCGUAGACUUUCAUUAUACAAUGCAAACCAUACCUUAUGAGUGAAUGCUUUAAUUUGAA